UUUACGGCCGAGUCUUUCUUCUUCGUUGGGAGACCAGAUGACAAACAGAGAACGAUGAUGUUUGAUAUUCCUUUAGAUUUGGUAGAGGAAAUACUAUCUAGGGUUCCAGCCACAUCUUUCAAACGAUUACGAUCGACUUGCAGACGAUGGAACGCUCUAUUGAAAGACCCAAGAUUCACCGAGAAGCACUUUCUUAAAGCACCAAAGGAGUCUAUGGUUCUCAUGUUGAAAGAGUAUAGGGUUUGUCCAAUAAGCGUCAAUCUCAACGUUACUCCUCCAUCUAUAGAGUUUCAAGGUGCACUUGGCCUAAAUGAUUCUCAUUCUAAUUUAGAACAAGUCAAGAUAACCGAAGUUUUUCACUGCAAUGGUUUGUUGUUAUGCACCACCAAGGACAAUACACUCUUGGUUUGGAAUCCGUGUUUGGGGGAAACCAAGUGGAUCCAACUCAAAGUAGAUUACGGGAGAAACGGCUCCAAGUUUUCUCUAGGAUAUAUCCAAAACAACGAAUCUUGCCGUAGCUACAAAAUCUUGUGGAGUUGGUAUAGUUAUGAUUACAAAUCAUCACCGCCCCAAAUAGUUUUGGGGUUUGAAAUAUACGAGUUUAGUUCUGAUUCAUGGAGGGUUCUUGAUGACGUCAAUCAUGACUCCUUACUCAAUCACAACUCCAUAAUAGGAACUGGCGUGUCUCUGAAGGGAAAUACUUACUUGCUUGCUCUUGAAGAAAGGUCUAACUUUUUACUUAUGUUCGACUUUACAACAGAGAGAUUGAAACGUCUAUGCCUUCCGCAUUUCCAAGAUGUUGGUAACUUGGAUCUAUCAGUUGUUAGAGAAGAACAACUCGCAGUAUUGAAUUGGAGCCGUACUACAUCAAAGAUGGAGAUAUGGAUAACCAAUAACAUUGAUACUGAUGCUACAUUGUUGUGGAGACUACACUUAGACACUCGCUGUAAUUGUGUUCGAAUCUUCUCAAGUCUAUUAAUCGACGAGGAGGAGAAGAAAGUCGUCUUGUGUUGUAAUGUUAAUGAUGAUGAGACUAGCAAGAAUGGAUAUUACAUAGAAAUCCCUUUCGUACAACCUAAUAACAUACAGAGGGCUAAUAAAAAAUGGUAUUCAUCUAUUUUCAGUUCUGUUCCCAGUUUGUUUCAAAUCCAGUAAGGUAGAUUCAUAAGAUUAAUUUGUUUGUGUUGUAUAG